CAAUCACAGCUUUGAAGUCGAUUUUCAGAAAUGGAUACCAGGAUAUCGAAAAUGCAUUCUCCAUCGGUCCGCGGCCAAAGGCUUGCGAAAGGCGUAACUGCAUGUCAGAGAUGUCGUCGGAGAAAACAGAAAUGUGAUCUAAAAUAUCCGAAUUGUUCCAAUUGCGAAAGCGCCCACUCCCAAUGCUUAACUUAUCACUCGGGAAAACAAGCUGAGGUACCCCGCAACUACGUGUCGAAUCUAGAGGCACAGGUAGAGGAGUUGAGGCGGGAGAAUCAAGAAUUACGCACGCGGACUCAGUCCAGUUUGGUCAAUAGGGAAAGUGCAACUUCACCUGGAACAUGUUCUUCAGGAGGACAGGAACUUAGCACCUUGCCCGCAGGAAGUCCUGCAACAUCUGAUGCCAGCUCGGGCCACUUCCAGGACUUGGUUAAAAGUGUGAGGAAUGUUGUCGUUGAGCCAUCGAGACAACCGCGCUUUUUAGGACAAAGCAGUGGCAUCACGCUUGCAAGAUUGGUCAUGGCAGCAAUCCGAGUCGAAGACCUUCCCUCUCCACUAUUUUCUGAACAACGAUCCUAUGACCCCUCUUCAUCUGCGCCACCGGCUGAGGCCUCUCUUCCUCCCCUUCAUGCUGCAGAGCAUCUGGUCGAGGUCUACUUUCAGUACCGCACUGCGCAUUUGCCAAUUGUAGACCGGUCACAAGUCAAAGAAGCUCUUCAGAGCGCAUACUCCUCUGCGAGUGGUCGCCAGCUCUCGGAUCAUGCAGUCGAGAAAGAUAUUUUUACGACUUACAUGAUCUUCGCAAUCGCGCUGUGUGAUGUACCUAAUCCAGCUGGGGGCCGACCAACCCAGAGCGAGGGCUGCUUCAGGUCCGCAAUUGGCUGGAUUGAGAAGGUCAUUAUGUACUCGAAAAGUGAUCUCGAAACUCUGCGUGCUGUGCUCCUACUGGCUCAAUUUGUCGCAUUGUGUCCUUCUCGAGGAAGUUUGUGGCAUUUGACUGGCAUCGCCCUACGUUUAUCUAUCGACAUAGGCCUCCACUGGGAAUCUGAAGAACAAUCCUUGAAUAUGGACCCAGACAUGUUGCACGACCGUCGACGAUUAUGGUACUCUACUUACCAGUUCGACCGUGUAUUGUGCAUCACUCUUGGGCGUCCAUUUGGCAUCAUUGAUGAAAGUGUAAAUGUCCCGCUUCCAGAUUCUUGGACGGGAUCUCUUAAUGAAGUGGACGGUCACAGUCAACGAGCUCACAACCACUUGUUUAAUAUGUCGAAACUGGAGUCUGAAAUCAAGCAUGUACUACACAGCCAGGCUUGGACACCGAGGCUAGCAUAUCCUAGGGUGAACUACGCAGCCUGGGUCCAGGACAUCCAACCUCGUCUACAGGACUGGUAUGCUACUAUUCCACCGCCUAGUAAAGCUCAUGCGUCUUCCAUAUUUGCUAGCCAGGCCUACUGGGAUGCCAAAUAUAACAAUGCGAUCCUCCUCCUCUAUCGGCCUGCUUCAAUAGUCCUGCAUGCGUCGACUGAGGAGUUAUUCAUAUCUUUUGAUGCGUCUUGCAAGUUGAUUGCAAGCAUCAAGAUCUUACAACGAGAAGGAAAGAUCGAUGUGCUGUGGACAACCGUUCAUCAUCUGUUCAUGGCUGGCCUAGGAGUCAUAUACGGCCUCUGGCACUCACAAGAGAUACGAAGCCGACAUCCCGUCAGCAAAAGUAUUUCUACUCUUCAAUCCUGCGUCUCAACUCUCUCUGCCCUGUCAGAGAGCUUCCCUGGUGCUGCAGGUUGUCGGGACGUUUUUGAUACACUCUCUUCGGCGACAGUCGAUUGGCUGGUCACUCAUGGAGCCGAAAACAAUCGCAUGGAGAUUGAAAAACAGAUGGAAGACCUGCUGCAGCAAUUGCAGCCAUCGCGUGGAGGCAUGGUCACCCCGAAUGAGAAUUAUGCCAGCAACAUGUCAGCUAUGCUGUCAACUGAUAACUUUGCCUUUAGUGAGAUGCUUAGUUCUGCCGCGCAAUGGCCGGAUUCUUAUGAUAUGAAUCUUGGUAGCAUAAGUAACGACUUCAUGACAGGAACAAUAGAAUAAGGGCAAAACUUCUCUCAUGAUGAGAAAGUGGGGUUGCAAGAGUAAAGAUCAGAAAUUCAUUGAAGUGCAGACAAGGGGAGAAGAACAC